UCGAGCAUGACAGUCAUGAAAGUGCAGUUUAGUUCGAGGCAACGUACAAACGUGUAGCAAAACAUGGCGUUUAUAGACGUUGGUAAUCAUUCUCAGUUUUCAUCAGCACAAAAUGAUCCGUCACUCGGCAUUUAUAAUAACUUUACAACCAAACAUUUGAUCCCUGAUUCAUUCGGCUCACAAAGAUCUCAGGCACCCUUGACCACCGCAACCUCUGUGGUCGGUAUACAAUUCAAAGAUGGAGUGGUUAUAGCGGCUGAUGUUCUCGGAUCCUAUGGAUCAUUGGCACGGUUCAGGAAUUGCCAGCGUAUAAUGAAAGUUAACGAUAACAUUAUCUUGGGUGCUGGUGGAGACUAUGCUGAUUUUCAGUAUCUCAAGAAUAUGAUUGAGCAAAAGAUUCUUGAAGAAGAAUGCCUAGACGAUGGAUUCACUCUAAAACCAAAGUCUUUGCACUGCUGGCUCACACGAGUUAUGUAUAACAGGCGUUCCAAGUUCGAUCCAUUUUGGAACAAUUUUAUUAUCGCUGGACUCGAAGAUGGGAUUCCGUUCAUGGGAACUGUAGAUAAACUUGGAACAGCAUAUGUUGAUCCAGCUAUUGCAACUGGUUAUGGUGCUUACAUGGCUACACCCAUGCUUCGCAAGGCUCUUGAUUCAAACCCAGAUUUAAGCAAAGAAGAAGCUAUCCAGUGCCUAACCAAAGCUAUGCAGGUGCUCUUCUACAGAGAUGCCAGAUCAUUUCCAAAGUAUCAAAUCGGAAUCAUUACAAAGGAAGGUAUAGAAAUCAAGGGGCCGCUGACUCUCGAGAGCAAUUGGGAGCUUGCUCGCAUGAUAGGAUAAAUAUAUCAAGUAAAUGUCCAUGAAAAAAAUGCCGAAAUUCGCAGGGGUCGUCCCUGUCUAAAUUUUUAAAUAAGUCGCGGUGUUAUCCAUGCGUCCUGCCGCGGGAUACUUUUCUUAAAUUAAAGAAAACAAAAACAAA